CGCUUAACCCUAAGCACAAAAAAAAAAACCUUACUGUAAAUCUUGAGUUGAAAAAAAUAUCUAGUAUGGCAAAUCCAAAGGUUUUCUUUGACCUAACCAUCGGUGGGGCCCCUGCUGGUCGUGUUGUGAUGGAACUCUACGCCGACACAGUUCCCAAGACAGCUGAGAAUUUCCGUGCACUUUGCACCGGUGAGAAAGGUGUUGGAAAGAUGGGGAAACCUUUGCACUACAAGGGGUCAACUUUCCAUCGUGUGAUUCCAGGUUUCAUGUGUCAGGGUGGCGACUUUACUGCUGGAAACGGUACAGGUGGUGAGUCAAUCUAUGGUGCUAAAUUUGCUGAUGAGAACUUUGUAAGAAAGCAUACUGGACCUGGUGUGCUUUCUAUGGCUAAUGCUGGACCUGGGACUAAUGGUAGUCAGUUUUUUAUCUGUACUGCUAAGACUGAAUGGCUUGAUGGGAAACAUGUUGUGUUUGGUCAAGUUGUUGAAGGAUUUGAUGUGAUUAAGAAGGCUGAAGGUGUUGGAUCUAGCUCUGGAAGGUGCUCCAAGCCUGUUGUUGUUGCUGACUGUGGUCAACUUUCCUAGAUCUGAACGUUGAUGAUGAUCUAGUUUUAUUAUUAUCAGUCUUUGUCGUUUUUAAUUUUAAUCUAUCGUUACUGCUUUGUUUGGGUCGGGUCGGGUCGGGUCGAGGUCUAGGGUUGUGAUGUAAUUGGUUGUGGUUUUGCUUCUACCAGUUGAUGUUUAAUCUUAUGACUACAAUUAAAUAAGAUUAUAAUAGAUUUCCUGCUAA